ACUCUCUCUCUCUCUCUCUCUCUCUCUAUAGUUCUCUCCGCUUCUCUCUCUUCUCAGCAAUGGCGACUAUGACAGUUCCAGACAACCUAAGCCGAGAACAGUACGUUUACAUGGCGAAACUGGCCGAACAAGCCGAGCGCUACGAAGAGAUGGUGAUGUUCAUGGAGAAGCUUGUCGUCGGAUCCACUCCCGCCGGCGAGCUCACCGUCGAGGAGCGCAACCUCCUCUCCGUCGCCUACAAGAACGUCAUCGGCUCUCUCCAUGCUGCCUGGCGUAUUGUCUCCUCGAUCGAGCAGAAAGAGGAGUCUCGCAAGAACGAUGACCAUGUCGUUUUGGUCAAGGACUACAGAUCCAAGGUCGAGUCCGAGCUCUCUCUCGUCUGCGCUGGUAUUCUCAACUUGCUCGACUCUAAUCUCGUUCCUUCCGCCACCGCCACCGAGUCCAAGGUGUUUUAUCUGAAGAUGAAAGGCGAUUACCAUAGGUAUCUUGCUGAGUUCAAGGUUGGUGAUGAGCGUAAGGAGGCUGCUGAGGACACUAUGAACGCUUACAAGGCUGCUCAGGAUGUUGCUUUGACUGAUCUAGCUCCAACACAUCCCAUAAGACUGGGGCUAGCCCUCAAUUUCUCAGUGUUCUAUUACGAGAUUCUCAAUUCAUCUGAUAAAGCUUGUAACAUGGCAAAACAGGCAUUUGAGGAAGCAAUAGCUGAACUUGAUACUUUAGGUGAAGAAUCAUACAAGAACAGCACUCUCAUCAUGCAACUGCUAAGGGACAAUCUGACUCUUUGGACUUCAAACAUGCAAGACCAGAUAGAUGAAUCCUAAACAUCUUUCAAGCUGACGAGUUGUGAUAUUCUCCUGG